AUGGCGGCGGAGAGUCAGGACCAAAUGCACGAGGAUGCAGCGAUCAACAGUGACAUGAUUCAGGAGGAGGUCUCUGGACUGCUGCGAGGGAAGUUUGCACAGGAGUCGUGGAACCCGCGCAAGGUGGAUGUGUGGGUAGACGACGUCGUGGAGAACGUCUUGAAGAAUCUUGCGGACCUGAAGAAACCGUUUAAGUACGUCGUUAAUUGUGUGGUGAUGCAGCGAACAGGCGCCGGCAUCUCCACGGGAUUUAUUAGUCUCUGGGACAACACCCUUGACGGGGUUGUUCAUGUGCCGUUUGAAAACGACACACUGCACUGUUUUGUCACCGUCUUCUUUUUGAAGUUGGAUUAA